CAAAAUAGAUAAAAAGUAGGGAGAGUUAUUGGGUAGUAGGAUCGUGCUGAAGGAAAAAAUCUUCUUAAAACCUGAUUUUGCCAGUUUGAUUGCAUCUUUACAAAUAUAGGCACACGCACAGAGAGAGACUGGAAAGAGAUAUGUCUGAAAUAGUUGUGCAGAGUUGCUCAGACAAGCAAUCCAUGGCCUAGAUAGCGACUUGGAGAAUAAUCCAUCGUCAUCGUCAUCAUCUCUUCACGAGAUUAAUUCUGCUUUUUUCCCACCAACUGAAUCAUCCCUUUCUCUCUCCCUCCCACACCUCCUCACAACAAAACUCUUCAGUUUAAUUUAGUUCUGUCCUGAAUUAAAGCGAGGUUUUUGCACUUUUCUGGGCCCGCCUUCUUCUUAAUCAGUCCCUUCCCAAAGUUGCGAGAAACCGGUUUUCUCCAAAGGCAAAAUGUUUCCUGCGGCGAUGUCCAAUUCUACUACUUCUUUGUCCGUAGAAUCCUCUGUCUCUUCUGCUACUAGACUUCAUGACCUCUCUGGAGUAAACCCGGUCCUCCCCACAAUUCCUCCUCAGCAGCCUCCAAAGAUCAAGAAAAAGAGAAGCCUCCCCGGAAACCCAGACCCAGAUGCAGAAGUGAUAGCGUUAUCCCCGAAGACUCUUUUGGCCACCAAUAGGUUUGUGUGUGAGAUCUGCAACAAGGGUUUCCAAAGAGACCAGAAUCUUCAACUCCAUAGGAGAGGCCAUAACCUGCCAUGGAAGCUGAAGCAAAGGAACAACAAAGAGGUGAAAAAGAGAGCCUACGUUUGCCCCGAGCCUUCAUGCGUUCAUCACAACCCCUCGAGGGCUCUGGGGGACCUCACUGGAAUCAAGAAACACUACUGCAGAAAACAUGGAGAGAAGAAGUGGAAAUGCGAGAAAUGCUCAAAGAUCUAUGCGGUUCAGUCAGAUUGGAAAGCGCACUCUAAGACCUGUGGAACUAGAGAAUACAGAUGUGAUUGUGGAACUCUCUUCUCCAGGAAGGACAGCUUCAUAACUCAUAGAGCAUUCUGUGAUGCAUUGGCAGAAGAAAGUGCGAGACUCUCAGUAAAUCAACUAGCUUCCUCCGCCACGAACCCACUGGUCCAAUCUCUCUUGCUGUAUCCCAACCAACACAGCUUCCUCAAUAAUCCAUGGAACCCGUCUCAAGAAAACCCUAACCCUAGCAACGUUAUCCAGGUCAAGCCCGAAGCUCAACAUUUCCAGAUGCCUCCUUCGUUUCUUCAGGAACCUCCUCAUCCUCACCACAAGAGCGCUCUGAUAAACACAACCUUUAGGAACCCACAAAUGCCCAUGCAAUCUUCCUCAAACGCUGCCACGUCAGCCCACCUUUCUGCCACCGCUCUCCUCCAAAAGGCUGCCACCGUCGGGGCCACCCCAAUGACGCCCCAACCAUCUCAGUCGCAAGCUCAUCACCUGACUCCGCUUAGCAUGAGCCAGUUUGGAUCAGUGGAUCAGCUCGAAUCGGUGGUGCCUGGCUAUAUCAGAGGGUUCGCGACUCGGAAUCUUAAGAAUGAGCAUCUGACGAGGGACUUCCUGGGUCUCACCGACGAUGGCAACAACGGAGGCGACGGUGAGAACGCCGGUGCUGUCAACCUGAAGAAUGUCAUGACGUUCACGGGGGAUGUAUACGAACACCACCAUCACCACUCGCUCUUCAGGUCCCGACAGGGUUUUGGAUUCGUUGGGACUUCCAAUGCCCCCGAGACGUGGAGCAAUUAUUAAGCCCAAUGAAAGAAUACUUCCAAAAGGCAAGGGUAAAAUGGGCAAGAAGAUUUUUCUACUAUAAUUUAUGUAUGCUUGGAUGAGAGUCAGAAGCAUUUUCAGACGUUUGAUAUCAAGUUGUCCGCCAAUGAAAAGAUGGUAUGUGGAGAAGGUUUUCAAAAAAGAAAAUAAUCACAUAUUAUAAAGUAAAUCGAGUUCGGCAAAAAAAGAAAGAAAGAAAGAAAAGUCUUCACUUACCAUCUUUUUUAUUGGGGAACUUGUAACAAACGCCUAACAGUAUAAUUAGGGUUUUAUUGUUCACGAACGUGCAAGUCAAGGUUUGAUUUUUCUCUUUUGGUUUUCCCUUUUCUUUUUCUAGACCUCCAAUACUGUUAUAUUUCAGAUCUUCGCAACCUGAAUAUUUAGACGCUUUAA